AGAAAUUCAAUUCAAUUCUGUGAAUUUAGAUUUUGGAGGUUAGCGUCCCAGCGUCUCACGUUGUUAUACUGCCUUCAGUUUUAAUCCGAAUAAAUAAAUAUUACUAAAAUAAAAUAAUUUAAUCGUCUAUAGUGCAUUUAAAUUUAUUUAUAAGAAAAUUUAAAUACAGUCUUCAUAUUAUUCAACUUCCUCAGUGACGCGAGUAAUCGCUGAGAGGUUGAUUUAGUUUGUCAAUACUUGGUGUACAGAAGGAAAAAUGGCCGAUAGUGAAGCAAGUGUAAACCCGAAAGCGUAUCCUUUAGCUGAUGCGGCUCUUACGGCAAAAAUAUUGAACCUCGUUCAACAAGCUGCUAACUACAAGCAACUUCGAAAAGGAGCUAAUGAGGCAACUAAGACAUUGAAUAGAGGUCUUUCGGAAUUCAUCAUCAUGGCUGCAGAUGCUGAACCAUUGGAGAUUGUGCUCCAUAUUCCAAUACUGUGUGAAGACAAGAAUGUACCAUAUGUGUUUGUUAGGUCUAAGCAAGCUUUAGGACGGGCCUGUGGUGUCUCUCGGCCCAUUGUUGCUUGCUCCAUAACUAUUAAUGAGGGCUCACAACUUAAACCACAAAUUCAAACCAUUCAACAGGAGAUUGAAAGACUCUUAGUGUAAGUUCUAGUGUAUGAGGGAAAUACUAUUUUUGUAAAUAUAAUUUCCAAAUAAAA